AAUAAAGCGUUACUCGCAGAGCUUCUCCAGUAUUAAAACUAACGCCAGCGGCAACCAACUUCAUCGAGCAACAGUGCAACAAUGCUACUGCAACAGCAGCGACUUGGUGCUCUGCACCCCUCCAGGCGUGCGUUUGGCUGCCCAAUUGGGCAGGCGAUGCGCCGCGCGGGGCCCACGGGUCGUGUCAGCCGGCUGCCCGUGUGUGCGUCUCUGACCGUCAAGGACUCCCAAUCGGGUGUAGAAUAUCUCCUCGCGCAAAAGUUCUGGCAGGGUGAUGCGUAUCGCUGCCUGGGUGCGGCUACUCGCUCAAAGCAAAUCGUGUUUGUUAAUGUGAAGGUGUACUCGGUGGCAGCCUACGUGGAGGCGGACCGAGCCGCCCACGAGCUGGGCGUGCGCUACCGGGGCGGCUUCUUCGAAAGGGACGACGACUACUGCUCCGCAAUCCUGGACGGCGCCUUCAACAAGGCCAUCACGGUGCACCUGGUGCGGGACGUGACGGGCGAGCAGUUCACGGAGGCCAUCAACAAGAGCCUGGCGCCGCGCAUGCAGCUGGCAGGCGACACCGCCUCGCUGGACGAGUUCAACGCCUACUUCAAGAGCAAAAACCUGGUCAACAGGACGGAGGUGGUGCUGCUGUGGAGCCUGGCGGGCGACCUGGAGGUGCUCGUCACGCCGCCACUCACCGCACCCCAGGAGUACGCGCAGGCCAAGCCCGAGCUGCGUAUCCGGAGUCCCUCGCUGUGCCGCGGCCUGUUUGAGAUCUUUUUGGGCGGCAGACCAGUGGUUCCGGAGGCGCGGGCGGAGUGGGCCAAGGGCGCAAAGACGCUGCUGGAGAGCGAAAAUGUCAAGCGUGCAACUCGGAAGAACUAGCCGGAUGGGGCAUUAGCAAGGACCAUUAUGGUGAACGACAUGUGUACAAGCAGGUUGGCCAGUGCUUCCCUAGCGUCCUCCCUUAAUAGGUUUUGUAUUUUCCUGAACCGGGCAAUUUUGACACCAAUUGUGUUGUCGCAUUCCAUAGCAGCUUGAGGGGUUGGAGGUUGUGUGGGUUUAUAUGGCUGGGCUGGCAGCCUGCCACUGAAGAUUACAGGAGCUGAAGGUGACGCCAUGCGCAACAAUGGAGUGCGAUAACUUCAAGCGGUGCGUGUGUAUGCACAGGAAAUGUAUAGGGGAGAAGCACGGGGUAUGAAUAACAUGCGGCCA